AUUUAUUUUUACAACUUUGGGUUAAAUAAGUCCAUAAUACUCUUCAAAAUGAGGUUUCGUUUCUGUGGUGACUUGGAUUGCCCGGACUGGGUCCUGGCGGAAAUUAGUAUACUCUCAAAAAUUACAUCAGUUAAGAUGAAGCUGUUAUGUGUACAGGUGAUUAAAGACAUGCUAGGUCAGGGGAUUGAUUAUGAUAAAGUGUAUAAAAUCACAUCAGAUGCUAAAUUUGAGGAGGGGGAUGUUAAAGCAAGUAUUGCAGCAUUACAUUUCAUCAUUGCCAGUGCUGCCAAGUACAAUGUGGAUGGAGAGUCUCUGUCUAAUGAACUUCAACAGCUUGGUUUACCUAAAGAGCAUACAACAUCAUUGGGAAAGUCAUAUGGAGACAAUCUUAUCAAACUUCAGGAACAAUUUAGAAAAGACAGUUUAAGAUUAUCCCAAUUAGAGGGUGUUGAGUGGAGGGUUGACUACAUUAUAAGCUCAAGUCACUUAAAGGAUAUAAAUGAACCAUGUGUUCAGUUAAAGAUGAACAUAAAACCAGCUGAGGGAGGUGAAGUAGAACCAGUCUCCUUCACUGCAUCUUCAGAUAAAUUCAGAGUGUUCUUGAAUGAAUUGAAACAAGCAAGUGCUGUAAUGGACAAUCUGGCUACUUCCUGAAAUCAUUUACAUUGUGUAACUUCUGUGAUUAAUGCCAAAAACAUAUACAAAUGUUCAUACUGUUCUGUAUUGUGCAUCAUUGAAGAUAUAAGUGUAAAUUAUACCUCGAGUGAAAUUGUGAUAUGAUUGGGUUUGUUAUUUUCUAGAUCUACCAGCAAAGUCUUUUUUCUUGUCUUUAAUUACAGAUAGCUUAGAUUUGUCAAGAAUUGUUAUGUUACUCAUAUUAGUUAUAUAACAGAUAAGAAAAUUGAUGCAUACUAAGUUCUAAGUUAUUAGGUCUCAAUGAGCAUACCAAUAUAUGUUCUUUGAAGUUAUUAAGACUUACAGGCUUUUUAAAAUGAUGUUUUAUAGAAAGGAAAUUUUAAUUGUUUGACUAAGUUACAUUAUUGCUUAUAUCAUUCCAACCGUGUAUUAAUGUAUGAAGUAUUUACACAAAGUGUCUCAAUGUUAUAAUUGGUAUUAAAUAGUCUUUGAACUUAAACUGUGUUAACUAUGUCAAGCAUUGUUUUAUACAAUCGUGACUUGUUAUUGAAUUUAAUUAAAAGUCUUGUUUUUCACUUUUUCCCAUUGUGAGUAUUCCCUUAAAGUGUAUAAAGC